AUGUACAAAGAAUACUCAUCAUCGCCUCGUCGUUUCCGAGGAUUUUGCGUGAACUGCGGUACCUCUCUGAUAUGGAGGUCAGAAGAUAAGAAAGACACAUUAGAUCUUUAUAUCGGAACCAUAGACGAACGAUGGUUGGUUGGAGAGAGGGUGAAAAGUUCGGAGAAGAUGACAAAGCACGGAGUCACUGUUGAAAGAGCGGGGUCUGUUGGAAAGGAGCUAUGCACCCCGUCUGAGUUCCAAUUUUACUACGAAAAUGCUAUUCCUGGGAUCACUGAUCUGGUUCCGGGUGGACAGAAGUUUCUUGUAGAGAAUGAGGCUGACGUUGAAAAGCUUGAUGAUUGA